AUGCAAAUCCUCCUCUGCCUCCUCAUCCUCAUAAUGGUGGGCCCCACCACUCCAACACCCACUCCAGCACCACCCUCUCCACCAACGAAACAAAUGAACAACAUUCUGGAUGCGCUGAUAGGCGCCGGUGACUUCAGCUCGUGGGUUUCGAUCCUCUCCUCCGCCAACGGCACCAUCCUUCCGGUGAGCGCCACUCUCUUCGUCCCACGCGACGCCGCCGUCGACCGUCCGCCACCGGAUCCCCUCCUACUUCCUUACCACGUCGUCCCCCAGCGCCUCCCCUUCUCCGACCUCCUCCUCCUCCCCCGCCGCGCCCGCCUCCCAACCCUCCUCGCCGCCAAAACCAUCUCCGUCACCGACAACUCCCCCGCCAACUUCUCCCUCGACCACACCCCCCUCACCCACCCCGACCUCUUUUCCACCCCCUCCCUCGCCGUCCACGGCGUCCAGUCCUUCCUCGACUACUCCAUCUUCGGCGACGGCCUCCCGCCCCCUCCGCCCUUCCUCCCCGGUGGUCACGUCAUCAGCUCCGGCUGGAACACCAGUGCGUCCUCGUGCUCCCGCCUCAACGGCGUCGUUUCACUCCCCCUCUUCUGUUUCGUUCUUGGAGUGCUACUAUCUUAG